AUGCUCUUCUUACUCUUCAUUAGUAUACUGCUAAGCCCGUUCCGACUCUGUGCCGGCUCACCAGUCUAUCAUGAAUACUAUCGAAACAGCAGCUAUGUGCCUGAUAUUAUCGCACCAGAUACUCUAUACGUGGCAACAACUGGUAGAGAUAGCUUAUACUUCAUCGACACCCGCUUCGAUCAUGAUACCGCUCAGUAUAUCAAGAAUCAAAUUGAGGCAAUGACUUUCGCAGGGCCAGAUGAUUACGUCGCUAUAGACGAGUUUGAGGCCACAGCAGCGAUUAAAAAUCGAAAAACCGGUGAAACUGUCUUUACAUUCGACCCUCCCUACGCUAGGGUUUUCUUUGCGAGUGGGAUAAAUAGAAAUAACCCAGAACUCAAAUUACCUAAGCAUGAGCCUGCUGGUAAUUGGCAAGUGACCUAUGAUCUGAAUGAAAUAACAGAUGCCCAGAUAAUAUGCUCGGCUUAUGAUUGCGAUACCGAUGCCGAGUGUCGGGCCAUCAGUUAUAAGUACGACCUCUGCCACGGUUAUAGACUCGCGAACGGUUGUGAGGAUAGUGGCACUACUAAUGCUAUUGGGUCAUGUAUUAGAAUUUGUGUUAGGGCUGUCGACACACCAAGGGAAGAUGGUGAAACAGAUACUAGCUACUAUCAACGGAUGGACAAGUUGCACUGGUAUAAUUGA